CGAAACUUAUAUAUGUGAUGUCGCGAUCUCAAAGUGAAGUUCGCAAUAAUGCAACAAAACCACUUUCAAAUUCCGCAGAUACAUCAUAUCCGACAAAAUCAUUGACAAUUCAAUCAGAACAUUGUUCUGAACGAAUUCCAUCAGUCAGUUGGUCAGUGCAUCCAACAUCAUCGAAUUUAACUUCAAAAUCACCAACUGGUACUUUAUCACAUGAAAAUAUGGAUGGGAAUGCUGGAUUUUUUAUGGUUGAAAUUAAAUUACUGAGUGAUGAAGAAGUACCAUUACAAAUGGAAGUUACAAAUGAUUGUCUUGGUCGUGUAUUAUUCAAUCAAGUGAUAGAACGAUUAGGUGGAAUUAUUGAAAAAGAUUAUUUUGGUCUACGUUAUCUGGAUCGUUCUAAACAACGUCAAUGGCUAGAAAUGUCUAAAAGUGUUUAUAAACAGUUGAAAUGUAAAUCUCAAAGUGAAGUUCGCAAUAAUGCAACAAAACCAUUUUCAAAUUCCACAGAUACAUCAUAUCCGACAAAAUCAUUGACAAUUCAAUCAGAACAUUGUUCUGAACGAAUUCCAUCAGUCAGUUGGUCAGUGCAUCCAACAUCAUCGAAUUUAACUUCAAAAUCACCAACUGGUACUUUAUCACAUGAAAAUAUGGAUGGAAAUGCUGGAUUUUUUAUGGUUGAAAUUAAAUUACUGAGUGAUGAAGAAGUACCAUUACAAAUGGAAGUUACAUCUACUACUACUACUACUACUACUACUACUACUACUACUACUACUACUACUACUACUACUACUACUACUACUACUACUACUACUACUACUACUACUACUACUACUACUACUACUACUACUACUACUACUACUACUACUACUACUACUACUACUACUACUACUACUACUACUACUACUACUACUACUACUACUACUACUACUACUACUACUACUACUACUACUACUACUACUACUACUACUACUACUACUACUACUACUACUACUACUACUACUACUACUACUACUACUACUACUACUACUACUACUACUACUACUACUACUACUACUACUACUACUACUACUACUACUACUACUACUACUACUACUACUACUACUACUACUACUACUACUACUACUACUACUACUACUACUACUACUACUACUACUACUACUACUACUACUACUACUACUACUACUACUACUAUACCAUUUAUCACAAUCAUUCAAGUGAUAGAACGAUUAGGUGGAAUUAUUGAAAAAGAUUAUUUCGGUCUACGUUAUCUGGAUCGUUCUAAACAACGUCAAUGGCUAGAAAUGUCUAAAAGUGUUUAUAAACAGUUGAAAUAUGUUAGUCCAAGAUCAUUAAAUUUCCGUGUGAAACAUUAUCCAAGUGAUCCAGUCAAUGAAUUUCGUCAAGAAAAAAGUCGAUACUUAUUGUAUCUUCAAUUAAGACGUGAUCUACAUAGUGGAAGAUUAAUUGGGAGAAAUUUAGAAAUGCAUGUCUUAGCUGCAUGUAUAUUACAAGCUGAAAUUGGAGACUAUGAUAUCUUGUCCGAUUAUUUGGGACCUGAAGGUUCAUUGGCUGAUUUAAAAAUGUUCGCUAAUAUUACACCGAAAACAGAAUCAAAAAUUGUAGAUAUUUAUAAAUCUCUUAAAGGUAUGUCAAUGAAUGAGGCUGAGAAUAAAUUUCUUGAAAAUGCUGCAAAAUUUGAAACUUACGGUAUUGAACCAUUAUAUGUUCAAGAUCGUAAAGGGAAUCAUUUUUAUAUGGGUUUAAAUCAUGAAGGUGUUAUUACGUAUAGAGGAAGUAGAAAAGCCCAUGUAUUCAGUUGGCAAAAAAUCAAUAAAAUAAGUUAUGAAGGCAAGCUAUUUAUUAUACAAGUGGAAUGGGAACAGUUUAAAUGCUUAUUUAUUGUUACUUUUACCACAAUCGAAUUGAUUAUAAAGCGUCGACAUACACUUGGUUUCAAAUGUCCAACACCAGAAUCAGCUGAGGCAUUAUGGAAAUGGGCAGUUGAUCGUCAAUGUUUUUUUACCUUAAAUCGAUCUGUCGAUGCUAAAGAGUCCAAAGCCAAUGGUGGUUUGUUUAAACGACGUCAGUUUUAUACGUUUACGGGACGAUGUCAGAAGGAGUUGAUGCAGUUGAAUUCUAGCAUGCCUGCUAUACCACAGCCUAGUGUUGCAAGGAGUAGAAGCUUAUUGAAUUUGGCAAAAAGUGUUCACAGUAAACGCCAAUCACAAAGUCAAAAUGAUUUGGAUCGUAAAUAUGUAGAUAGUAAUGAGAAUUUACAAGAGAGUUCAGGCAUGAAUCGAUUAAUCAAAGGUUUAGAUCAUCAUCGAAGUUCUUUGGAAACAAGCAGAAAUAACAAUACCAAUAAUAUUACUAAUGGUUUAAACAAUUUCGAUGAUAAUCUUUACAUGAAUAAACGAUUAACUGAUCAAUUAAGUGGAAAUUUAAAACCAUUACAAUCAUUACAACCAUUAACAGAUCAACAUCAGCAUAAAAGUAGUUUAUCUACACCGAAUUUAGUCAAUAUUCAUCAUACAAAUGAGAAUAGACCAUUAUUGAAUAAUGAAUCGAAUGAAAUCCAACUUAUCCGAUCAAUAUCCCCCAUUGCGAAACCAAUACAAAGUGCCAAUCAACCAUAUUCAGAUGAAAUAAAACAGCCUACAUCAACUGACAUGAUCAAUAAUGAAAUGCAACAACAGAAUAUGAAUAAAAAGAAUGCGAUUCAAUCUAAUACAGAGGAGAAUGAGAAUUACAACGAUGGUGAUGAUGUGGACGAUGAUGAUGUUGAUGGUGACAGGGAUGAUGAUAAUGCGAUGGUUGAUCGUGUUCUUGAUUCAAUUAGUUCAGGUAUUGAAGAGAAUGCUGAAGCGACUGAACAGCCAUUACAAGCGAAUGACGAUUUGAAUAAUAAUAAUAAUAUGAAUGGAGGAGGUGGUGUCGGCGUUGGCGUUGGCGGUGGUUUCGGUACUACUGGUUCAGUGAAUACACUCUCUUCAUCUCCAUUGAAAUCAGCUGAUGCAGAUGAAGAUGAUGAUGAUGAUGAUGUGGAGGAGGCAGAGUUUGGCAAUGAUGAUAUGUAUCAAAAAAAAAUUAAAGUUGGUAAUUGGCUUGGAGCGAAUGGUAUAAAAUCAAUUGGCAAUCCGGAAGAUGAACCAUCUUCAAUAACACGAACUCCAAUUAAUCAAAAAUCCAAUAAUGAUGAUUACAAUGAGACAUUGAAUAAUAAAUUACCAGAGAAACAUUUAACUAAUAAUAAGAAUACCCAACAAUUUGAAAAUACCAAUUCAGAAAAUGCUCUUCUAAACAAUGAUUCAUAUAGUCCAAUUACAACAAUCUCUGCUAUUAAUCCUUCUUAUUCAAAUGAUCGUGAAGAAUAUGAUGAAGAAAAGAUGAAUAAAUUUAAUGAAACAACUAUAAAAUCAUCAGUUAGUUUUAUUGAUCCUGAACAAAGUGAAGCGGCGAUGAAGAACUCCAUGAAACCUGUACGAAAACAAUUCAAUACAAUGAAAGUGAAUACAUUGAAUCCUGAAAAUCAAUAUUCAAUUAAGUAUAUCAGUGAAAAUUCACCGCCGUUGGAAUAUGUUAUCGAUGAGAAUCAACAACCAUCAAUGCAUUUAUCAACAGUGAAUCGAUCUAAAUCACUUUAUUUCAAUCAAAAUAGACCAGGGUCAACAACACCGGCGACAACAACAUUACUCCCAAAAUCUCAACAAUCUACCUAUAAUAGUAGUAACAAUUAUAAUCGUACAUCGAAAUCGAACAUUUAUUUCCCUUAUGCUUGUAAUGUGAAUAGUAGUACUAUGACUACUCCGACGACUACUAGUUCAACUACUACUACAAAUGAGACAUUUCCUCUGAGAACUUAUCAAAUACCAUCAUCAUCUAUGAAAUAUCAGACAGAAUCACGUAAACAUAUUAUCACUUAUCCGAAAUUAUCUAAUUCUGAUUUGUCAUUAACAAAUUCACAGCAACAACAACGAAAUCUUCGAAGGGAUGAUUUCCUGUCGACUCCAAUGAAUCGUAAUCAUUCACAGCAGCAGCAACAACAACAACAACAUACAUCAAGGCAAUCAUCAAUGAACAGAAUAACCACAUCAAUUAAAGAUUUAUCACCUCAACCAAGAGAUUGGUAUCAAUUGACGCCUGAUAUGAAUCAAGACAAAAACUUUAGUAAUACUAACAAUACUACUAAUAAUUAUGAUAAUAACGAGUAUACAAAUUUAACUCUUGACAUUAAUAACAUGAUCCUUGAUCCAAUCGAUACAAAUUUGCCUAAUACAACAACAACAACUCUAAAUCGAAGCAAUUUAUCCAAUUAUAAUAAUUAUAAUCAAAUGAAAUAUUUACCAUUGAAUUAUCAUCGUAAAUCAUCCAUUUCAAAUGAUUUAUUAUAUGAUAAUGGUUAUCGUCCUUUAUCUCAAUCAAUGCAAACAUUCCCUAUCCAUAGUAGAUCAUCAAAUCAAUCGAACAAUGUUACUGCUAUGAUUAAUACAAAGAGUAGUUAUUUAAAUUUGUCUGAUAGUUUGAUGGCACAAACAUCUUCAAUGCGUAUUGGUGAUCUACUUUAUCCAUCUAGUUUAUCGUCAUUAGCAGAAGCAACUAAAUCAUUAAAUUUGAAUAGAAAUAUAUCAAGUAAUCUGAGUACUGGUGAAUUAAUAAUGCCUCGUCAAAAUAAAUCAUCAAUGUCUACAGUUCAUUUUAAUUAUCAUCCAUUGGAUCAGAUGAAUGUAAAAUCAAAAUCAUUAGCUUAUGCUACACAGUUGACAAAUAGAAAUACACAUGAUGCAUCAAAUCUACUCAUUGAUUCAUCAUCGUAUUAUAGUAAUAAUAAUAAUAAUAAUAAUACAAAAAAACUUAUUUCAAAGUUUGAUAAUAAUACUACUAAUAUAAAUGUAAAUAGUAAUAAAAAUAAUAAUGAUAAAAAUAAUCGUACAGCCGGUAGUUCAGCUGCAUAUUUGGCAGCUACCGGUGUUGGUGCUUAUAAAUUAGGUGAUUCUUUAGCUUCGUUAACUAAUAGAACAGAUUUAUUAAUUGAAUCCAGCAUAAAUAAUGAUAAUAGUAAUAAUAAUAAUUACAUGAUCAAUAGAGAAAACUUGAAAUCUGUUUCAUUUAGACAUGAUGAUGUAACUAUUAUGGAUAAUGGUGAACGUGAUAAAAAGCUGAAGGAAUCACCGACAAAAACAUCUCCUUAUUCACAACAUUAUUAUCAGUAUAUAACAACAAAGCCAACACAGCCUUAUUCAACAUCAUUAGCAUCGAAAACAAAUUAUUUACAAUCAAGAACAGUGGAUCAAUUGAAAGAAACCAUCGAUACCACUGAUAAUAAUAAUCGUAAUGAUGUUGAUGUUCUUCAGGUUGAAGUUGAUGACAGAAUGUCCAGUAGGACAUUUUCACGAAGUGGAGAAAUUCAUUCCACCCAACCAACAUUUGAAGAUGAUGCUAUUAAAUCAAUGAAACGUGUCACUGAUAAAGUACAACAAAUUAUGCAUAUUGAUCGAUUAGAUAAUAAUGAUAUGAAUAAAAUUAUGGAAUCACAAAAACCGUUGCCUCCAUUAGCUGUUCAUAAACUAACAACAACAUCAACUACCACUACCACUAACCAAUCAUUCAUUGAUAUCAAUUCAUCAUCUCCAUCGGAAUCAAAUCAAAGAGUUAAUAUCAAUAAUAAUAAUAAUCAGUCAAAUGAAAAUGAUACACAACAAUUUUUUUCAUUAUGUCAACAAAUUUUUUAUUAUUUUAUUGUUGCUUUUAUUGUUUAUAAAUUAAUGAUUUGGUUUAAUUUGAAACCACAAUUUGGUUAA